ACGUGUAUAACCGGCAUUUUCAUUACAACAAGCUCGGCAGUUUGGAGAAGAUCUUGCGAAGAUGAAAACGUGUUUAUGUCUGCUGGCGUUGGUCGGAGUUGUUUACUCCGAUCCAACUAUUGUGUUUAAAGAAGAGUUUAUGGAUGGUGAUGCAUGGACAGACAGAUGGAUAACUUCCAAACACAAGAGUGACAUGGGCAAGUUUGAACUGAGUGCUGGAGCCUUUUACGGAGAUGCUGAAAAAGACAAAGGUAUCAAGACAUCUCAAGAUGCACACUUUUAUGGAUCUUCUGCAAAAUUUAAUGAACCUUUUGACAAUGAAGACAAGACUCUGGUUGUGCAGUUCACAGUAAAACAUGAACAGAAUAUUGAUUGUGGAGGAGGAUAUGUCAAGCUUUUCCCAUCCAACCUCGACCAGGCAGACAUGAAUGGAGACUCUCCAUACGCAAUCAUGUUUGGACCUGACAUUUGUGGCCCUGGAACCAAGAAAGUGCAUGUUAUCUUCAACUACAAAGGAAAGAACCAUCUGAUAAAGAAGGACAUCCGAUGCAAGGAUGAUGUUUUCACUCAUCUGUACACCCUGAUUGUCAAACCCGACAAUACCUAUGAGGUUAAGAUUGAUAACGAGAAGGUUGAGAGUGGCACUCUAGAAGAGGACUGGGACUUCCUUCCUGCUAAGAAAAUCAAGGACCCUGAAGCAAAGAAACCCGAUGACUGGGAUGAGCGUGAGAAGAUUGAUGACCCUGAAGACUCCAAGUCCGAAGACUGGGACAAGCCUGAGCAUAUUCCAGACCCUGAUGCCAAGAAACCCGAUGACUGGGAUGAUGAGAUGGACGGAGAAUGGGAGCCACCUAUGAUUGACAACCCAGAGUACAAGGGAGAAUGGAAGCCAAAGCAGAUUGAUAACCCAGAUUACAAAGGAAAGUGGGUCCAUCCCGAGAUUGACAACCCAGAAUACAGCGCUGAUGAAAAACUCUACCGUCAUAGUGACAUUGGUGUUAUUGGAUUUGAUUUAUGGCAGGUAAAAUCUGGAACAAUUUUUGACAACAUCCUGAUCACAGAUGAUGUUGAUUUUGCUGAACAAGAAGGAAAAGAUAAAUGGGGUAAAACAAAAGAUCCUGAAAAGAAAAUGAAAGAUGCUGCCGAUGAGGAGGACCGAAAGAAGAGAGAGGAAGAAGAGAAGCUUCGCAAAGAGGAAGAAGAAAAAAAUAAACCUGAAGGUGAUGAUGAGGAUGAAGAAGAUGAAGAUGCUGGUGAAGAGGAAGAAGAUGAAGAUGAACACGAAACUCAUGACGAAUUGUAGAUGUAGACAAAUUUCCAUAUGUGAUUCAUAUUUUGUUAGUGCAGUAUUGGGACGAAACGCUCAUCUUUGGACUCAUUCAUUUAUCAUGUGGGGAACUUAUGUUUUUGUUAAUUUCUACUAUCGCGGUGAAUACUUUUUAAUAUGAAAUAAGGACUAGAAUUUAACUUAUACCAUUGUUUGAAUGUAUGUGAUUGUUGUGUAUCUGUCAUGUUAAGAGUUGAGAGGCAAGUGUGGCGAAUAAUUGUUAUGUUAGUGGCGGAGAAACUGAUUGGUGUACGAUACCUGGGCUUGCUUUAACAGUCUUUCUGAGUAGCUAAUAUUUUCAAAGAGUCCCUGCUA